AUGGCUCAAAUCCAAACACGCACCUUCAACACCCGUGCCACACUCCCAAAGACCAGCCCUCUCUACAUCGGCUCUUUUGACGACAACAUGCUCUGCCAUGGUCCCCAAUUCGUGAAGCCAAUCGACACAUCCUUCAUCACCACACAAAUCACAUCCUUCUCAAAGCGAUCGUCCCUGACCGCGUCGCCCCUGUCCGAAUCCGACGAGGACAGCGCCGUGCUGGGUGACGACGACGAGUUCAGCGAGGACGAGCUGCCACCCUCACCCAUCAGACGCCACAGCGGAGCCAUGUCCGUCAGCCAAGAGGAGCUCCCCUUCUGCCUCAACAGGGAGGCUCUCCGCAGGGAGACGGCCGCCCACCGCGCCCAGCAGCACCUAGCCCACGAGCACAAGCGGGAGCGGGCCGGCACGUUCGCGGCCCACGAGCAGUGGGACUCCGAGAUCGACGGCCCCUCCAUGUCGCUCUGGAUCCCCCAGGCGAGCUCGACUACAGAGCACAAGCGCAGGCGGACGGAGAAGCCUCUCCCAGCCAAGAAGGUCCCAGCGCAGCAUCACGUCCAGCACAUCGAGGGCCCCAUGAUGUCUUUAUGGGAGGCAUGA